AUGAAAAAAAAGAACAUCAAAAAUAAAGAUCAAGAUACCAAUUGGGAAGAACGUGUUGUACAAGUAAAAAGAGUUACGAAAGUAGUUAAAGGAGGCAAAAAGCUAAGUUUUAGAGCAAUUUUAGUAGUAGGAAACGAAAAAGGACAAAUUGGUGUCGGUGUAGGGAAAGCAAGUGAUGUAAUUGGAGCUGUAAAAAAAGGUGUUGCUGAUGCUAAAAAACAUCUUAUCAGUAUACCCUUAACAAAGUCUAAUUCCAUACCUCAUACCAUUGAAGGGAUAUCAGGAGCAGCAAGAGUUAUUAUUAGGCCUUCUGCUAUAGGAUCAGGUGUAAUUGCAGGAGGAUCUGUAAGAACGGUACUUGAACUUGCAGGAAUCAAAAAUAUAUUAGCUAAACAAUUAAGAUCUAGUAAUACAUUAAAUAAUGCACGUGCAGUUAUCAAUGCUUUAGCAAAUUUAAAAACAUUCGCUAGAACUGCCCAAGAGAGAGAUAUAAAUAUUAAUCAUCUUUACAGCAUUACUGAAACAUAG